UUAACUUUCAGAAAAGGAACCCUGUUUUAGCUUCUCCUGCACGUCCUCCCUCCCCCUCUUAUCCACCUCCUAGUAGGUCCUUGGCACCCUCUCCGAGUCUCUGGAAAACAAUACUUUGCAAAGAGAGAGCCUGGGGACCCUAAGAUCCACCAGAGAAAAGCUGAUCCCCAAGAAUGAAGAGUCUGGCGCUGCAGAGACCAAGAGCAGAACGCACCUGGAUGCCAGGCUGUCACUUGUCUCCCCGGUUCCCUAAAGCGGCCAGGAAUCACUGAAGGAGAUCCUGGAUCCUGCCCGGAGCUGCCUUCCGGGUCCAGUCGGGAAGUCCUGCUGCCCUGGCCGCGCCGCGUCAGGUUUCCAGAAAACAAAAACCGAAAGUGAUCUCAGCAGGAAGCCCGGCAGCGCCCAGCUCCCUAGCACGGUUAGUAGUUUGGAUGGCAGGGCGGCUGCUGCGAAUCCAGAUCCUUCUGGAGUGGAGUUACAGGCUGGGGAGGCUAAGGAGCAGCACUGGAGAACAAGAGAAGGAGGUUUUCACUGUCUCUUCAACUCAUCUCUAUUUCCCUAGUGGCUUUGUUUUAAUCUUUUUGGAGGACUGAAAUGUUCUCAAACUGGAUUCUGGUGAAAGUUAUACUGAAUAAAUUUGCUAGAAUUCUCAAAACAACAACAACAAUAACACUAACCAGAGCUGACAUGUUUGAAAUGCCUAGAAUUUGUCCAGAUAACUAUGGGGGAAAAAAUUGAAAUAAAAGGCAAGCAAGUGAACCCACCCCCACGCUCCCACCGCAGCCGCCACCACCACCAAAUCACCUGCAGGUGAAGACUGGGAGACAGGUGCUGCACACUCCUUUAAAGAUCCCUAAGGAGCCUGGGAAGUCUUCAAUUGAGAGGUCUGUGUAACCCGGUCUAAUAUUUCCCAAAUGUAUUGACCUACGAAGAAUUCCCUCCCAGGACACUCCUGAGGACUCAGUGGCUUUAGAGUUGAACCAAGGCUAGCCCACACAGGAGAGAGCCCCUCUGUGCUUUCUGUGGAGGCACCACCAUUCCAGCCAAGCAGUCAGAGCAGACUUGACCCAGACUAUCCCAGGGAUGAGGACCAGAGAGGAGGAGAACAAGGGCAAUCACAGAAGACCAGAGCAAAGAGGAGUCAGCCAACUAUGAGCGCAUGUUCAAGCACUUCCAUGAAAAUAAGGUAGAAAUUGCAAGUGCCAUCACGAAGCCGUUUCCUUUCCUUAUGAGCCUCCGAGACCGCGGCUUCAUCUCUGAGCAGAAGUUUCAGGAUUCUCAAGAAAGAUGUCAAAACCUGGUCCCGGUGGGCAGAGUGGUGUAUGAUGUCCUUAGUGACCUACAGAACAAGUUUAGCCUGUCACUUCUGGAAGUGAUAUUCAGCAAAUUGCAUCUGAAGGCCUAUCCAGACUUAAAUGAGACUCUGAGAAGCUUCCUAGAUGUUUCCAACAGUCACAGGACUCCUCAGAGGAUGAAUGGAAGAGACGUUGAAGAGAGGCCCAGACUGCCAGGACUUGUCAGGGAAGCAUCCUGUAGUCCUGGAAAUUCCCAAAUGAAUGAUGAGCAGGCAGAGGAGGUGCCUAGCUUCCCACAGUGCAACGGAGGAGAAGGAAGUAGUUCUUGUGAACAAAUGUUCGAUGGACAAGAGCCCCAGGAUGACUUACCCCCAUCAUCACUGAGACCUGAAGCAGGAGCAGAGCAAUCCACAAGUGGAAAUGAGGCCUGUUCCUGUGUCAUGUGUUUCCCAGCAUACAUUCGAGAAGACCCAGAAGCAAGGAUGGGAAGUAGCCGAGCAGAUACUGUGGAGACUGGAAACAACACUACUGUAGGAAAAUCCAAGAGGAAGAGAAGAAAAAAGAAAGGCCACAACUGGUCAAGAGUAAAACAGAGGCCACAGACUGUUCGACCAACAAAUGACAGCAGAGCUGGUGGCCAGACAGCUCUCAGGAGAAAGAAAAUGAAAAAGAAUCCAAGACCCUUUGCCAUGGCCAGAGUUCCAAGAAAGCGCAGAUAUGAGAAUGCAGAUUUCAGCCCUAAGCUCCUUCCUGUGACAUGUGGUAACAUGAAGGGAGUGUUACACAAGGAUGAAUUCAAGCAAGGGAUCUCCAUGAAGUCCAUACAGAGUGAGGGUGGGGACUGGUACACACCCCCUGAGUUUGAAAUCCUGGGAGGCCAUGGACGAUCAAAGAACUGGAAAUUGAGUCUGCGCUGCUACAAUUUGCCCCUGAAAUCGCUGAUUCAGAAGAACUUUCUACCCAAUCCUCCACGAAUAUAUGGCAGGAAAAAAAAGAGAACACAGAAUUUGUACAGUUCUCCAGCUGACCCUUGUAUGCAGAACUCAGAUGAGUGUGAGGUGUGCCGUGAUGUAGGAACACUCUUCUGCUGUGAUACUUGCUCCAGAGCCUUCCAUGAGGAGUGUCACAUCCCAACGGUGGAGGCUGAGAUAACACCAUGGAGCUGCAUCUUCUGUAGGAUGCAGUCUAUAGGAAGACAACAGAGUCAUCCAGAAUCUGAGGUACUGCAGAGGCACAUGGUGCCCCAGGAACAGUUGAAGUGUGAGUUUGUCCUCUUGAAAGUCUAUUGCUGUUCUGAGAGCUCCUUUUUUUCCAAGAUGCCAUAUUAUUAUUAUUUUAGGGAAACAUCUGGGGGUGUGCAGAAAGCUAUGUGGCUGGACAUCAUCAAGAAAAAGCUGAGAAAGAGAGGUUACUCUCGCGUGGAAGAGUUUGUGCAAGACAUGAGGCUCAUCUUCCACAACCACAGGACCACGUUCAAGGACCUUAACUUUGGCCAAAUGGGACUUAGACUGGAGUCUGAGUUUGAGAAGACUUUCAAGGAAGUGUUUGCUAUUCAGGACACAAAUGAAAACAGUUGACUGAUGUCCUGGAUGCUGCUGGUAUCCUGGCUCCUUGUCCUUUUCUGGCCAGGUCUUCUCACCCGAAGCAGAGACUCAUCCUAGAUGAUGGUCCCAGAAGAUGAUGGUCCUAGAAGAUGAUAGUCCUAGAAGAUGAUGGUCCUAGAAGAUGAUGGUCCUAGAAGAUGAUGGUCCUAGAUGAUGGUCCCAGAAGAUGAUGGUCCUAGAAGAUGAUAGUCCUAGAAGAUGAUGGUCCUAGAAGAUGAUGGUCCCAGAAGAUGAUGGUCCCAGAAGAUGAUGGUCCUAGA